CUUUACAAAUCGAAUAUGGCAAGGACUGAUACAGCUUUAUUUGAAAAUGAACAAGUUACCUUUGAUUCGUUUUUAGAAAACGACGAUGAUUAUAUCUUAGCUAAUAGUGAAUCAACUUCAUUGGCUUCAGCUUUAUCAGUCUUAGCUUUAUUGGCUUCAGCUUCAGUGGCUUCAGCUUCAGCGACUUCAGCUUCAUUAGCUUCGGCUUUAUUAGAAGUUUAUUUAUUGGAAUCCAGUAUGCUACCAACAGAUGCUUCAUUUGACAAUGAGUUAGAUAUAUCAACUGAUUUAUCCAAUUCCUUGGAAUUAAUAU